AUGGCGUCCCGGAGACUAGCUUUGAAUCUUUCGCAAGGCCUGCGAAGCCGAGCAUCCCUCUCCGCCGGCCUGCGACGGGGCCUUGCCACGCCUGUUUCCUCCAACAUCGUCGGCAAGACUCAGACCACCACCCUGAAAAAUGGAUUGACCGUCGCCUCCGAAUACUCGCCUUGGGCCCAGACCUCGACCGUCGGCAUGUGGAUCGACUCCGGCUCCAGGGCCGAGACGAACGAGACCAACGGUACCGCACACUUCCUCGAGCACUUGGCCUUCAAGGGUACGGCCAACAGGACUCAGCAGCAGCUCGAGUUGGAGAUUGAGAACAUGGGCGCUCACCUCAACGCCUACACCUCGCGCGAGAACACCGUCUACUUCGCCAAGGCCGUCAACUCCGAUGUCCCCCAGUGCGUAGACAUCCUCGCCGAUAUCCUUCAGAACUCCAAGCUUGAGGAUUCCGCCAUCGAGCGCGAGCGCGAUGUCAUCCUCCGAGAGUCUGAGGAGGUCGAGAAGCAGGUUGAGGAGGUCGUCUUCGACCACCUCCACGCCACCGCCUACCAGCACCAGCCCCUUGGCCGAACCAUCCUCGGCCCCCGCGAGAACAUCCGUGACAUCACCAGGACCGAGCUCACCAACUACAUCAAGGACAACUACACUGCUGACCGCAUGGUUCUCGUCGGUGCCGGUGGUAUCCCCCACGAGGAGCUCGUCAAGCUUGCCGAGCAGUACUUCUCCAAGCUCCCCGCCAAGAGUGCCGAGAACUUCGCCUACCUCCAGUCCAAGCAGAAGGCUGACUUCAUCGGCUCUGAUGUGAGGGUGCGAGACGACACCAUGCCCACCGCCAAUAUCGCCAUCGCUGUUGAGGGUGUCAGCUGGAACGAUCCCGACUACUUCACCGCUCUCGUUACCCAGGCCAUCGUUGGCAACUACGACAAGGCUGCUGGUAACGCACCUCACUCUGGUAGCAAGCUCACUGCCUUUGUUCACCAGCACGAGCUUGCCAACAGCUUCAUGAGCUUCUCCACCAGCUACAGCGACACUGGUCUCUGGGGCAUCUACCUCGUCACCGACAAGCUCGACCGUGUCGACGACCUCGUCCACUUCUCCAUCCGCGAGUGGAUGCGCCUCUGCACCAACGUCACCGAGGCCGAGGUUGAGCGCGCCAAGGCCCAGCUCAAGGCCUCCAUCCUCCUCUCCCUCGACGGCACCACCGCCAUGGCCGAGGACAUUGGUCGCCAGAUCAUCACCACCGGCCGCCGCAUGACCCCCGCCGAGGUCGAGCGCAGGAUUGACGCCGUCUCCGACAAGAGCGUCAUGGACUUCGCCAGCCGAAAGCUUUGGGACCAGGACAUCGCCGUCUCCGCCGUCGGCAGCAUCGAGGGCCUCUUCGACUACCAACGACUCAGGAACACCAUGAAGCCCAAGUUCUAA